AUGCCUAGAAAGCCGGUAAAAAUCACCCCCCAGAGCUCGUCUAAACGUGCGGCACCAGGCAGACCUACUCCAACCCGCCAAUCGAAGAGGACAAAGGCUGCUAAAGGCUCCUAUGUCGAGCCGGAAUCCGACGAGGACAUUCAAAAGGUGGAAACUCCACCCUCAGGAGAUAUAUCGGGGAUGGACUAUGAAGAUACCAUUGAUGAGGGAUCCUCGUCUGAUUCUGGUCACGAGGAACCAAGCAGCGAGGACGACAUCAAGCCCAAGAAGGGAACUCCCCGAGGGGGUGUUGCAAAACAAACUGCAAUUCCCAUGCGUAAGAAGCAAGGCGGCGAGAAAGAACUGUGGAAACAUGGGGCGAAACUUGAGCCUGGAACUCAAUUGAUCAUCAAGAAGCCCAAACCGAGGGAAGCAGGAGACAUUCCCUACACCGACCACACCAUUCACCCUAACACAUUACUAUUUCUCAAGGACCUAGCCGCUAACAAUGACCGUCAGUGGCUGAAGGUACACGACCCAGAUUAUCGCAUGGCACUGUCCAAUUUUACGACCUUCCUCGAGAAGCUUUCUGAGAAGGUAAUUGAAGCUGACGAGACGGUGCCGGAAUUACCAGUCAAGGACAUUAUAUUUCGCAUUUAUCGAGAUGUUCGAUUCUCGAAGGAUCAGACCCCAUACAAAACCCACUUUUCGGCAGCAUGGAGUCGUACGGGCCGGAAAGGGCCAUAUGCGGCCUACUACGUGCAGAUUCAGCCUGGCGGGAACAGUUUCGUUGGUAGUAGGGAAGAAGGGGUACCUGGACGGAGCAACCUUAGCCAGUUAUCCCUUCGCCUCGGUCGACCGACGUCUCGUUAUGGCAACCCCCUCAGCACCGAGCCAACAUCUUCGUCUGAGCCCUCGUUUCGAGCUCGGAUAUGUGGGGUCCCAAGAACACUUUUGGGGUCUGGCGCGCUGAAACUUGUCGACUGGACAACCAGAAGUGAAGGUGGAGGUCUAUGGCAGCCAGACGCCCAACCCUUAGCUCUGCUUCGACGCGAUAUCGAUCGGAAACCGCAAAGGAUCAAGCGCGUGUUGACCGACACGGGGAUCCGAAAGGAGUUUUUGGAGGGUAUUCCCAACGAUGAGAAAAAGGCCGUUAAAGCGUUCACAAAUCAGUCUACGAAUCGGUCAACGGCACUUAAGAAGCACCCAAAGGGAUACGAGAAUGACCACAAGGACAUUGAACUCCUUCGACUCAGAAAUUUCACCCUUGGCACGAAGCUAUCUGACGGCGAAGUAGUGGGAGCGAAAGGCCUGGAACGAGUUGCCGAGCUCGUUGCCUGCAUGGUACCCUUUAAGCCGACGGCCUUUCCCCCUUUCCGCAUGCACACUAGAAACCAGGACGCUAACAUGGUGUUGCAGAUUACAUACCUCAACAGAGUCGUCAUGCCAGAUGAAGACUCCUCAGACUCAAGCGAUGAUGAAGAGGAGGAUGGCGAGAGUGGGACCGGCAGUAGUGUGGGAGAGCGCGACGCUUAA